AUGGCAAGGAAGAAAUUCUCUUCAUUAGAAAUCUUUCUGAUUGUCCUCUUUGCUAUAGUUACUGUAAUAGCUAUUGCCCUAGUUGCUGUUUUAGCAACUAAAACACCUGCUGUUGAAGAAACUGGUGGUUCUGUUUCAACUCCUGCUACCAGCACUAUAAAAUGUCCAAGUGAGCUAAGUGAGACUAUAAAUGAGAGAAUAAACUGCAUUCCAGAACUAUUUCCAACACAGGCAAUUUGUGCUCAGAGAGGCUGCUGCUGGAGGCCAUGGAAUAACUCUGUUACUCCAUGGUGCUUCUUUGCAGAAAACCACGGAUAUAAUGCUCAGGGAUUAAAAACAAUAAGUACAGGAGUUGAAGCCCAAUUAAACAGGAUAUCUUCACCUACCCUAUUUGGAAAUGACCUUAACAGUGUCCUCUUUACAACUGAAAAUCAGACGUCUAAUCGUUUCCGGUUCAAGAUUACUGAUCUAAAUAAGAGUAGAUAUGAAGUUCCUCAUCAGUAUGUAAAAGAUUUUACUGGGCCUGCAACUUCUGAAACAUUGUAUGAUGUGAUUAUUAAGGAAAAGCCAUUUAGCAUCAAAGUUAUUAGAAAAAGCAAUGGAAAAGUUUUGUUUGACAGCAGUAUUGGUCCACUGGUGUAUGCUGACCAGUAUUUACAAAUCUCAACAAGACUUCCCAGUGAAUAUAUUUAUGGUAUUGGGGAACAUAAUCAUAAAAGAUUUCGUCAUGACAUGAACUGGAAAACAUGGCCAAUCUUUACCCGGGAUACAAGUCCUGUUGAUAAUAAUAAUAAUUUAUAUGGCCAUCAAACAUUCUUCAUGUGUAUAGAAGAUACUUCUGGAAAGUCAUUUGGUGUUUUCUUAAUGAACAGCAAUGCAAUGGAAAUUUUCAUCCAACCUACUCCAAUAGUAACUUACAGAGUUACUGGUGGCAUUCUGGAUUUUUACAUUUUUCUGGGUGAUACGCCAGAACAAGUAGUCCAACAGUAUCAAGAGCUCAUUGGACUACCAGCAAUGCCGGCAUACUGGAGUCUUGGAUUCCAACUGAGUCGCUGGAAUUAUAGUUCACUAGAUGUAGUUAAAGAAGUGGUGAAAAGAAACCGGGAUGCUGGCAUACCAUAUGAUACACAGGUCACUGAUAUUGACUAUAUGGAAGACAAGAAAGACUUUACUUAUGAUGCAGUUGCAUUUAAAGGGCUCCCUGAAUUUGUUCAAGAUUUGCAUGACCAUGGACAGAAAUAUGUCAUCAUCUUGGACCCUGCAAUUUCCACAGGAAAACGUGCCAAUGGAACAGCAUAUGAAACCUAUGACAGGGGCACUGCACAACAUGUGUGGGUCAAUGAGUCAGAUGGGACUACACCAAUUAUCGGAGAGGUAUGGCCAGGACUAACAGUAUACCCUGAUUUCACUAGUCCACAAUGCGUAGAUUGGUGGGCAGAUGAAUGCAGUCGUUUCCAUCAAGAAGUGAACUAUGACGGACUUUGGAUUGAUAUGAAUGAAGUUUCCAGCUUUGUUCAAGGUUCUUUGAAAGGGUGUGAGGACAACAAAUGGAAUUAUCCACCUUUUACUCCUGAUAUUCUUGACAAACUCCUGUAUUCCAAAACAAUUUGCAUGGAUUCUAUGCAAUCCUGGGGAAGGCAAUAUGAUGUUCACAGCCUCUAUGGAUACAGUAUGUCUAUAGCUACAGAGAAAGCUGUACAAAAAGUUUUUCUUAAUAAGAGAAGCUUCAUUCUCACCCGGUCAACUUUUGCUGGAACUGGAAGGCAUGCUGCACAUUGGUUAGGAGACAAUUUUGCUACAUGGGAACAAAUGGAAUGGUCUAUCACAGGAAUGCUGGAGUUCAGUUUGUUUGGAAUACCUUUGGUAGGAGCAGAUAUCUGUGGAUUUGUGGGUAACACCACAGAAGAGCUAUGCAGAAGAUGGAUGCAACUUGGGGCAUUUUAUCCAUUUUCCAGAAACCAUAAUGCUGAAACAUACGAACACCAGGAUCCUGCAUUUUUUGGACAGGACUCUCUUUUGGUUAACUCAUCAAAGCACUAUCUGACUAUUCGCUAUACGUUACUACCUUUCCUCUAUACUCUGUUUUACAAAGCCCAUCAGUUUGGAGAAACAGUAGCAAGACCAAUUCUUCACGAGUUUUAUGAGGAUGAGAAUAGUUGGAUUGAGGACACUCAGUUCUUAUGGGGCCCCUCAUUACUUAUUACUCCUGUCUUAAAACAGGGAGCAGAUACAGUGAGUGCAUAUAUCCCUGAUGCUACUUGGUAUGAUUAUGAAACUGGUGCAAAAAGACCAUGGAGAAAACAACGGGUUGAUAUGUAUCUUCCAGCAGACAAAAUAGGAUUACAUCUUAGAGGAGGUUACAUUAUCCCCAUUCAGCAACCUAGUGUAACUACAACUGCAAGCCGUAAGAACCCCUUAGGACUUAUAAUUGCAUUAAAUGAAAAUAACACAGCAAAAGGAGACUUUUUCUGGGAUGAUGGAGAAACUAAAGAUACCAUACAAAAUGACAACUAUAUAUUAUACACAUUUUCAGUAUCUAAUAAUACUUUAAAAAUUACAUGCACACAUUCAUCAUACCAGGAAGGAACCACUUUAGCAUUUGAAACUAUAAAAGUCCUUGGGUUGACAGACUCUGUUUCAGAAGUUAGAGUGGCAGAAAAUAAUCAAACACUGACUCCUCAUAACAAUUUUACUUAUGAUGCCUCCAACCAGAUUCUUCUAAUUGAAAAUCUCACACUUAAUCUUGGAAAAAGCUUUGAAGUUCAAUGGAAUCAAUUUUUCUCAGAAAAUGAAAAGUUUACUUGUUAUCCGGAUGCAGACACUCCAACAGAAGAAAACUGCAUACAACGUGGCUGUUUAUGGGAAGCGAAUGUUUUUUCAUCCAAAUCGCCUGAGUGUUACUUUCCUAGAGAAUACAACCCUUACUUAGUUAGCUCAACCAAUUACUCAUCAGUGGGUGUAACAGCUGACCUCCAGUUAAAUGUUGCUCAGGCUCGAAUAACGCUACCUUCUGUGCCUAUCUCAACUCUUCGUGUGGAAGUGAAAUAUCACAAAGAUGAUAUGCUGCAAUUUAAGAUUUAUGAUCUCCAAAAUAAGAGAUACGAAGUUCCAGUGCCAUUAAACAUUCCAACUGCUCCAACAAGCACUUACGAAAGCAGACUCUAUGAUGUUGAAAUCAAGGAAAAUCCUUUCGGCAUCCAGAUUCGUCGGAGAAGCACUGGUAGAGUUAUUUGGGAUUCUCAUCUGCCCGGAUUUGCUUUUAAUGACCAGUUCAUUCAAAUAUCUACUCGUCUGCCUUCAGAAUAUAUAUAUGGAUUUGGAGAGGUGGAACACACAGCAUUUAAGCGAGAUUUAAACUGGCAUACUUGGGGAAUGUUUACAAGAGACCAACCCCCUGGUUAUAAACUUAAUUCCUAUGGAUUUCAUCCCUAUUACAUGGCUCUGGAAGAAGAGGGCAAUGCUCAUGGAGUUCUCCUACUCAACAGCAAUGCAAUGGAUGUUACAUUUCAGCCAACUCCUGCUCUAACUUACCGCACAGUUGGAGGAAUCUUGGACUUUUACAUGUUUUUGGGCCCAACUCCAGAAGUUGCAACAAAGCAAUACCAUGAAGUAAUUGGCCGACCAGUCAUGCCUCCUUACUGGGCUUUGGGAUUCCAUCUAUGUCGUUAUGGGUACAGAAAUACUUCAGAGGUUCAGCAACUGUAUGAUGAAAUGAUAACUGCCAAGAUCCCUUAUGAUGUUCAAUACACAGACAUUGAUUACAUGGAAAGGCAACUAGACUUUACAAUUGGUGAUGAUUUCCGUGAACUUCCUCAGUUUGUUGACAAAAUAAGAGGAGAAGGAAUGAGAUACAUUAUUAUCCUGGAUCCAGCAAUUUCUGGAAAUGAAACAAAGCCUUACUCAGCAUUUCAAAAAGGAGUGGAGAAAGAUGUCUUUGUCAAAUGGCCUAACACCAGUGAUAUUUGUUGGGCAAAGGUUUGGCCAGACCUGCCUAAUAUUACAAUAGAUGAAAGUCUAACUGAAGAUGAAGCUGUUAAUGCUUCCAGAGCACAUGCAGCUUUUCCAGAUUUCUUCAGGAAUUCCACAGCGGAGUGGUGGGCAACAGAAAUUAUAGAUUUCUACAAUAACCAGAUGAAAUUUGAUGGCUUGUGGAUUGAUAUGAAUGAACCAUCAAGUUUUGUAAAUGGAACAACUACUAAUCAAUGCAGAAAUAGAGAACUAAAUUAUCCACCUUAUUUCCCAGAACUCACAAAAAGAACUGAUGGAUUACAUUUCAGAACUAUGUGUAUGGAAACUGAGCAGAUUCUUAGCGAUGGAUCAUCUGUUUUGCAUUAUGAUGUUCACAAUCUAUACGGAUGGUCACAAGCAAAACCUACUUAUGAUGCAUUGCAGAAGGCAACUGGAAAAAGAGGGAUUGUUAUUUCCCGCUCCACAUAUCCUACUGCUGGACAGUGGUCAGCGCACUGGCUUGGAGACAACUAUGCACGGUGGGACAAUAUGGACAAAUCGAUCAUUGGUAUGAUGGAAUUUAGUCUCUUUGGAAUGUCAUUUACUGGUGCAGAUAUCUGUGGCUUUUUCAAUAAUUCGGAAUAUCAACUCUGUGCCCGCUGGAUGCAACUUGGAGCAUUUUAUCCAUACUCAAGAAAUCACAACAUUGCAAAUACUAAAAGGCAAGAUCCUGCUGCCUGGAAUGAAACUUUCGCUGAAUUGUCAAAGAAUAUUCUAAAUAUUAGAUACAAUUUAUUGCCGUAUUUCUAUACACAGAUGCAUGAAAUUCAUGCUCAUGGUGGCACUGUUAUUAGACCCCUUUUGCAUGAGUUCUUUGAAGAAAAGCCAACCUGGGAUGUAUACAAGCAGUUCUUGUGGGGUUCAGCAUUUAUGGUUACUCCUGUAUUGGAACCUAAUGUUAAUACUGUACAAGGCUAUAUCCCUAAUGCUCGAUGGUUCGAUUAUCAUACAGGCCAAGAUAUUGGAGUGAGAGAAAAAUUGUAUACAUUUGAUGCUCCUUUUGAUAAAAUAAACCUGCAUGUUCGUGGUGGCCACAUUCUACCAUGCCAAGACCCUGCCCAAAACACAUUUUUCAGUCGACAAAAUUACAUGAGCCUUAUUGUUGCUGCGGAUGAUGAUCAUAUGGCUCAAGGAUCUCUGUUUUGGGAUGAUGGAGACACUAUAGAUACCUAUGAAAGACAACUGUAUUUCAUGGUACAAUUUAAUUUAAACAAGACCAGCUUGACAAGCACUAUAUUGAAAAAUGGUUAUGUGAAUACAAAUGAAAUGAGGCUUGGACUCAUCAGGGUAUGGGGAAAAGGAAAGGAUCCUGUCAAAGAAGUUUCUCUCACGUAUAAAGGAAAUAAAGAAUCACUUAGAUUUAACAGCACGUCGGACAAGGAGGUAAGUGACAUAUAAAAAUAUUUUGUUAAAUAGAACUAGUUAAAACAUUUAAAUAAACUACUUAUAUUUUUCAGCUCUGAAGAAACAU